AUGGCACAGCAUCACCUGCCCUCAUUUCUUUAUUCAGAAAGCCUUGUGAAGUGCCGGGAGACUCCGCCAUGAGGUGGCGAGGAUACAGAUGCAUCAGUUGUUUACUGUGAUUUUGUUUUGACGGUCACGGUAAUGAAAGCGCCGUGAUCGAGUAAGAAAUCGCUUUGGAUUCGGAGUGAAGCGGCGUUUGCGCAGCUCCGUCAGAUGGUUUGAUGUAGCCCGGUCUGUGAUCGGUGGCACAUGCGUGUGUAGACAACACGACCGCGCUCUCGCGUUUAGGCAUGCCGAGGAGCUGAUUUUGCAGGAUUGUGGUUGAACAUGUCUGAGGAGGUUGGCGGGGUAACAUUCAUCUGCGGCUCUGAGUCCAUAUGGGCUUUUUAGAGCAAUCCGAGAAACACUGACGUUCAAGUUGCAUGGGGCUAUUUUCUUCUCUGCGAGCGGUUUUCCCCUGUUGCUCUCUCUGUCCCUUUUUCUUAUUUCUAGCUCUCCUCCUGCACUGUCAUCUUGUUUUCAGUACUUCAGAUAUCAUCAAGACUGGCAAGAAUUACUCCAAAACAUAUGAGAACAUCAUCCUUCUUUGCAAAAAGGAGAAGGUCAGAAUUGGAACCUGCUUGGUGGAUCGUUUAAGAUGUUACUAUAGGAAAGACUGUGGCAGGGAGUACAUGUUGAUGAAACUGAUUUGUUCAGUGAGCUCGAACCAGAGCAGUCAUGCUCAUGAGUACCCAGACUGCCAGGAAGGGGGUAAUGAAGCCAGCCUGCUGGUGUCCCCUCUGGUGGUGGCUGGCAUCGUCAUCGGCCUGGUGCUCUUCCUCUCCUGCGUCACCAUCAUUGUGGGCAGCCUGCGCAAAGAUAGCCGCCUGCGCAACCCCCACCUGCGUGCCAGCUACGCUCCAGAUGGCCUCUCAUAUGGUGGCUCCAUUGGAGAGCUGAGGUCCACUUGUGUUGAGGACUUUCCUCCUGCAUUUGACUUCGACUCAUAUGUGGAGACGCUGUCUCAAGUCAACGUCAUGUACCCAGACUCCCCACCUCAUUAUGAUGAGUGCGUGGGACAAGGGACGCAGAUAUAUGUUCCUACGGACGAUCCGCCCCCCUACUCCCUCACAGACCCGUGCCGGGAGCAUCCCGCCCCUCACCAUCGCCGGGAGAUGGAGGACCUGCUCGCCGGUGCUUCUUGGGUGUCAGCAAGCGGCCCGUCCCAUUACCCGACCAGACUGCAGGACUUCAGGCACCAGCCAAUCGCCUCCAUCUCUUUGUCAGCCUUACCUUUAGAUGAGGCGCCGCCGUACGAGGCAGUAGUGAGUGAACAAAACCAGCCCCUUCCUCUGAUGCCCCUGGAUCUGCUCAAACACACAUCAACAGACAGCAGUCCUCAGGACGGCGUUUCCCACAGGAUCCUGUAAUCCAGGCCUCUCCCGCACACUCAUACGUCACUGUACCAAACCAGCUUUCGAGAGGGACUGUAUUGUGCGUCUGGGGUCUCCGGAGUCGAGAGCUGAAACGGACACCUGCAGGAGACCACAGUUACCUCUCGCUUCGGCCGACACAGACACCGCACCUCCUGUUUCCUGUGACCCAGCGGGAGCCGUCAUGAGAGCACAGGGCUAUCGACCACUUUUUUGUGCGUCACCUCACUUUGUCUUUUGCUUAUGGUGUAAUUAGAUGUCGACGUGUGUCCUCUUUUACUGGUAGACUGAUAGAUGAUUUCAACACCACAAGCAGCGCUUUCAACAACUACUGAAAUGUGCCCUUCUGGAGGUCAGAGAAGAGCGGAGAGCCUCUUAAUAAACCUGAGGCCGUAAUAGAGAUAUUUACAUAGGAAUAGAUAUCCGUCUUUCUUUUUAGAACGAAAAUGUGUAUUUCUGCAUGACUGACUGUGUUUUUUCAACAGGUCUAUUACAACUUUUUCUUUUUUUUUGUUGCUGUUGUUUUUUUUUCUUCAAAUUUUGGGUUGGUUUGGGUUUCAUUUGAGGAUCAAAACCUUUCAUUAAGGUUGUCCUAAAUAGGACAACGUUUUUGAUCCACUUCAAAUGUUGACUACUAUUUACUUUUUCUAAACGGAAAGGUUUUUUUUUUUAAGACGAUAUUUUGUAAAUUUAAUAACUAGAAAAACUAGCAAAGAUGAGAAAUUGUUAUCUUUAAUAGAAAUCUGAAUGUCAUCACAAAAAUCAAUAUGCUUUUAAUCCACAUUUUUUACCCAUCGUUUCAUUUCUUUUCUCCUUUACAUCAGUGGUUCUCAACCAGAGGGGCCAAGGGCCCACUGGGGGGCCUAAACCAAGCUUCCUGAUAAGCCUUCAAAUGAUUUCUAUUUAGUUAUAUUAGCAUAAUCUUAAAAGAACAGUUUUAAAACUUAAAAUAUGCUCAGAACAUCUCUAGACGAGCUCUUCGUCCAAAGAGAUUUCGAGAAAUUCAGCAUGACGUCUCUUGCUCUGCAGUGAACGGGUGCCGUCGACAGCUGAUAAAAACGUCACGAUAAUCCACAAAUAAUCAAUGUGAGCCCGGUCCAUCAGUUAAGCAUCCUGCGAAUAUCGUCUUGGGUUCAAAAAAGGUUGAGAACCGCUGUUUUACAUCAGUUUCACUGUGAUUUAUUUAUAUUUCCUUCUGUUUGCAGAGACCGCUGUUUUCCUAGUCUCAAACGCGUCUGAAGAUCUUAUUAGGUGAACAGCAGAUGUGCGAUAAGCGAUAUCAAUGCAUAAGACGAUACAAACUGUAGUUAGAAAGGGCUUUAGGAAACACUUCGCCAAAGGGUGUAAAACAGUUGUUCUCCAAAAACUGCAUCGAUGCUGUGUACAUUAGAACAUACGAGCUGAGACUGCUAACUAAGUAGCUCAAUUGCAAAGUCGCUGUAGCAUCAACGUUAUGAAACGAAACAUAAGACACAUUCUUGCUGGACACAUUCUGUGCUUCCAAAACAUUCACGUAUCAGAUUCGUUUCUGUUUUUUUUGUUCUAACGUUGCCCACUUCAUUCAUCGUAACACAAUGGCUUCGCCACAUGCAUGUUUCUAAUAUACAAUGUGCCUAUUAAUCACCAUGACUGUUAGAUUAACGACAAAGUGAAGGAAAUCUCAUUCCAAAACACGCGUAUAUACAUACAUUUGUUUCUAUAUUUAAAGGCUGCCCAGAAACGACACUGCAUGACACCUCACCUCCGUUCUCGCCACUUUCCCCUUACGGCACGAAAGUGAAUACUUGCAGAAAAAAAAGGGACCGUAAGGAAUUUUAAAAAUCGAAUUUGAUGCAUGAAUGCGUUUCUUGUGUAGUGAAAAGCAGCUCAAAGCAGAAAUGAAUAUUAAAUGACCCUCUGUUAUUUAUUUAUUGUAGUUCGAACGGAUGUCGACUUUGGACUCUCAUAUUAUAGUGCUUUUGACUUCCAUCGGUGUUUAGUUGAAAAGUUUAUACUCGCCGCCUACGAAGAAAGGCUACUUUUUCUAUAACGACACGUCUGAAGUAGCAUUACAAGGAAAUUUUGUGGAUGUCGAGCCUGUCUCGUAUAGCUCUGUAAAGGCAUGAGCUGCAUUGGUCAACACCUUAGAUGACGAAAUGAUCCAGAUGUUCUAUGACGUAAUGAGUAGAGGUGUGUUUAGCUGUUGCCACCGCACUGUAAUAACACUGUGUAUGUAAACCCUUGAGUCGAAGGGAAUAGUUGACCAAAAUAUGGAAAUUUGCUGAAAAUGUACCCUUUCGCCAUCUAAAGAUGUAGAUGGAUUUUGUUUCCUCAUUGAAACAGAUGUGGAGAAAUUACAGCGUUACAUUGCUUCCUAACCAGCGAAUGGGUGCCGUCAGAAGGAGAUUCAGAAACAGCUGAUUAAAACAUCACAAUAAGCCAGAAAUAAUCAACCUGGCAGUUGUUUGGAAGCUGUUUGUUUGUAAGGAACUCAUUUUGCAUUAAGGUACUUUAACUUGAAACUAUCACAUCUGGUUAAAAUAAUUAACAACACUGAAAAAGUCCAUCUCGGAUGUUCUUUUACAUCAGAAUCUGACAUAAGUUUGUUUAGAACUGCUUCGGUUUGUUUCUGUUUGUGAUGCAGACUCCUACUUUUUCACCGAAAGCCAUAUUAUAGUAUAUUUUCAGCAAUUUUGCGUUCUUUUUUGUGAACUAUUCCGUUAAUUCACAAUUGUUAGCAAGGCUGUAGCAUCUCCGUGUGCACAGAGAUCAAAUAAACACACACACAAUACAGAUUUAAAGGAAUAUUGCCAAACUCUCAAUGAAGAUCUACUUCCCAUCGGUCACGUACGGUAUUUAUUUUCCGUCGGUUUUAGGGUUUAGUGUAUGUUGGCCGCACCUAGUGAGCUGAAGCUCGUCGAAAUCACUUUAAACCGGCUUACAUUUGUGUGCUAAACUAUUUCAGCACUUCCAUUAGACCGCGCAGACAUGUUUCUCACACCAGAAUAGCACCUUACCAUCGAAGCUCCCUGUAAAUGUUGACUUCCAUCUAAUGAACACAUCCCAGACGUGUUAUUUCUCUGUCACUAUGUUGUGGUCGGUUGUCCAAAGUGAUGAUGCUGUUUCAUAGAGCUGCAGAUAUUGAUGUACGUUUUGUAUUAGAGUCUUUAUUCCUUUACCACUGUAUCUUAUGAAUAAAUAAAAUAAAAUACAAAAAACACGAGACUUC